AAUGGUCACUGAAUAAACACUUGCCAUUUGUGCACUGUGUAUUUAAAUCCGGAUCAUGUGAACCGUACUGUUGAGUGCAGGUGUGCAUCAAGAUGCAGUUGUAAGCACGAACUAUUAGCGGAGAAGAAAAAAACACCAACAACUGAGAGAUCAUUAUAGGGCAUCUCGAUGCUAGGCAACUGCGCUAGAACCCGUGAGGAACAUCACGCUUCUAGAUCCACACAGUCGUGUGCGAGUGUCGAGCUGUAUUUAGCUUAUAGGCACACGUGUAUGGACGGAUGGACGCAUUGUGGAUGGAACAAUUGAGUCAGGCCAGCGUCACUGCAGAGCGUGUGUGACAGCAGGAGAGGAGUGAGGCAGACACUGGAUAUUGCAUUGCUCGCUUCCUGGGUCGAGUGUCACAUUGGCUGCAGGUGGUGGUCAGAUAUCUGAUUAAUGCUGAGUAGUGCCCAGGAAGCAGUUGCCAGCUCUCAUCCAGCCCGUUUAAGUAUAGCAAUGCAGAGGGACAUUUUGGCUUCUCGGUUUAUGAUGAUGCUUUCCAAACAGAAACAGCGUCUCUGCCCUGAAACAUUCAGAUCGUAAAUAUACACUGUACACGGAGUGGAAUGUGGAUAUUUUUAUUCUGAGAAAAGUUGCUGGGUUGCAGAAAAGUACUGUGUGAGGAAUUUGUCUAGAUUUGUGUAGUUUCACAGUUCUGAAAUCUGCAUUUUGUGCUGUUUUGUUAUUCUGCCAGUGAGUGGCAAGUCAUUUAGCCUGACACUGUGGAUGUCCAGUCCGUGCCGCUGAACUCACACUAAAGAACACUGAACAUGGUGAAGAGCUUUAUUAAAGAGCCUGGAGUUUUUGUGUGGUUUUCACCAAGAUGGCACGACGUCGACAUAACAGCAUCACAAGAUGAGCUGGAAAAAACGCGCAGGAAUUCACCUCAAUAAGGAAGGCUAUCAAAACAUCAGUAAUUCUGUAAAACAAGAGAAGAAUUCUGUAAAAAAAAAAAGAAGAAAACAACAACAGAAAGCACCCAGAGUUAAUUGCCUGUGCUAGUAAUGACCCAUUAUUCACUGCUCUAAUUGCUGUUGGACUACAGUAAUAUUUUUGAUGCCCCGUUUGUGUCAAUUGGUGUGUGAACAGUUACUCAGUCCUCGUUGAAAUGUGUGUGUUCAAAAAUCUUUCGUUCGUGGUCAACAAGUUGCACGACUUCAGGCUAUGCAGGAAUGUGUCAUCUGAGGCCCAGUGGAUAAAUUAAACUUGGAAAAAUACGGUAUCAUCUAUAUGUACACGUUUCACAAAACACUGUCAUGCUUGGAUGCAUGUAUAGGAUUUAUUCAUUGAUGAGGACUGUCUCAAGGCUCUUCUUUACAUCAGCCAGCCAUUUUGGCCUCGGCGCCUCGAUGAUGAGGUCUUGACAUUGCGUGGCAGAGUUGGGCUAGGUGCGCGCUCAAAAUGGCCUCCGAUGCUCAGUACACAAGAAUGGUGAAGGUGUCGCCUCUUCACAAGGGACAAGAUUACAGCCGCCAGAAAUCGGAGCAAGAGGUGCGAGUUGAAUUCUUUGUGAAUGAGCAGUCUUUCAGAGAACGCCUUCAGCUGUACUUCAUCAAAAACAAGAGAUCAAGUGUUCGCAUUCGUCUCUUCAAUCUCUUUAUCAAGUUGGUAUCAUGUCUUCUGUAUGUCGUUCGCAUCCUGCUCGACACGUCACCAAAACAGGCAGGAAAAUUCGGUUUCUUGGACACAGCAGAGGUCACCCUAGGCACAGAUGCCACGUUCACCACCACGACCCUACCUCCAACCAUGUGCUGCAACAACGGCGACACUUACAUGAAGGAAGUGAAUUGGGCCCCCCUGAUUUGGGUCAACCGCAACCCGGUCCUCUGGGCUAUUCAACUCACCAUUGCCAUCAUAUCUCUUUCCCAAGCAUUGCUCCUCCUGUUUCUGCAGCACAAGGGCAGCCUUGUGCAGCAGGUUUGCACGGUCCAUUUUUUCCUGGAGUUGCUGAACACGGUGCCCUUUAUAAUCACGAUUUUUUGGCCCCCUCUACGGAACCUCUUCAUCCCCGUUUUUCUCAAUUGCUGGUUGGCGAAGGACCUGCUGCAAAAUUUGUUCAAUGAUCUUCAUCGGGUAAUGCAGAGACCGCAGUCAGCCUUAUCGCAGCAGUUGAUGAUUCUGCUCUGUACAAUCCUUUGCCUGAUAUUCACAAGCUGGAUGGGCAUCCACCACUUGGAGAGGGGAGACGGCAACGGGAUAAACAUAUUCCACGCGCUCUACUUCACCCUGGUGACGUUCUCCACGGUGGGCUACGGCGACAUCCACGUCGACAUCUGGCCCUCCCAACUCUUCAUCAUGAUCAUGAUUGGAGCGGCCCUGGUGGUCUUGCCCAUACAGUUGGAGAAGCUCGCCUACGUACUGAUCGAGCGGCAGAAGCAAGGGGGAACGUACAGCCAGCACCGGGCCGAGUCGGGCAAGCACGUCGUGGUCUGUGCCACUGUGCUGCAGUACGACCUAAUCACCGACUUCUUGAACGAGUUCUACGCGCACAACCUACUGCACGGCCACUAUGUUGUCUUGGUGUCACCGUGUGAACUGGACAAUUCUCUCAAAGCCCUGCUGCAGGUGCCGUUGUGGGCCCAGCGGGUCAUCUACAUACAGGGGUCAGUCCUGAAGGACCAAGACCUUAUCAGGUGCAGGAUCAAUGUGGCCCAGGCUUGCUUCAUUCUCUCUCCACGAAAUGUCAUGGAUAGAUCCGAAGCAGAUCAGCAGACCAUCUUGAGGACGUGGGCUGUCAAGGAUUUUGCUCCCAAUGUGCCCCUCUACGUUCAGAUCCUGAAACCAGAAAACAAAUUUCACGUUCAGUUCGCAGACCAUGUGGUGUGUGAGGAUGAAAUCAAAUAUGCGCUGUUGGCCAACAACUGCCUCUGUCCGGGGACCUCAACCUUCGUGACGUUGCUCAUACACACGUCCAGGGGACAGGAAGGUAGUGACUCUAGCUCACAGUGGCAACGUACUUACGGCCGAUGUUCGGGCAACGAGGUGUACCACAUUAAAUUGGGCGACAGCCGGUUCUUCGGAGAGUACGAGGGCAAGAGCUUUACCUAUGCAUCCUUUCAUGCUCACAAAAAAUACGGAGUGUCCCUGAUUGGCAUCCAGAAGCUGGAGGAGAACGCCAACAUCCAGCUCAACCCGGGGCCCCGUCACAUCAUGCGGGCCACCGACACCUGCUUCUACCUCAACAUCACCAAGGAGGAGAACUCGGCCUUCAUCCUGCGCCACCCCCGGGGUAGUGAGGACAAGGAGAAGGAGAAGAAGAAAGCAGACGGUGGAAAGAGCAGCAACUACGUGCCGCCGGCCGACAACGGCGGGCUGACCCGGGUGGAGAGCGCCAUUGCCAGCGUGGGCACGCUGGCACUGGAGCUGCACCACAUGGGCGGGAAGGUGGGCUCGCCCACCCACUCGGCCGCUCCAAGUCCGGUCAAGUCACGGGAGAGCUUCUUGUCCCCAGAGGGCAGGGAAUCGGCAGCGUUCCCUUUUCUCCUGCAUUCCUCUCCGAUCCAUUCCCCCUCAGGCCGCAGCUCCCUGGAGAUUGCCACCACCUCGGGCAUGGACCGCAACCACCUGAUGCCCCCAGCCGGGGAGGAGAGGGGCGGGCCCAGUGACAACGGCUUCCUUGUUCCCGCCGGCGCCCAGCGGGGCCGGCGCCCAUCCAUCAUGCCCGUCCUGGAGACCAUGUCCUCGGACCCCGAGGACGAGCAGCCAAGGGACGACAAGCCUCUGCAUGCCCAGAAGCAGGUGGACCUUGUUGAUACAGAAGAUGUGCAGCUGUGGGACGAGGAAGACCCUGACCAACUACUGGCCAGCAUGAGUGGAGUCCGAAUGUGGACCAAAGGGGAACCCCCCACUUUGCCUUACAUUGGCUACACCCCUGCCAUGUGCCACCUGCUUGCCAAACCAAAGAAGAUUUGCUGUCUGGAGCUCGACAAGCCCUGUGAGCAUUGCAGCUACAGGCAUGCCGCCGAGUACAACUGGCCCAACAACAACAUCAUCAUCGCUGCAGAGUACGCCGCGCCGGCUAUGGUCAAUUUUGUGGUACCCCUCAGGGCCCACUGGCGGCCCAAGCACACCCUCAAACCCAUCGUUAUACUCCUAGAGAAGAGACCAGAUACGGCUUUCUUGGACUGCAUCUUGUCAUUCCCAAUGGUCUACUACAUGAUCGGCACCAUCGAGAACUAUGAUGAUGUCUUAAGGGCAGGAAUCCUUCAAGCCGACACCGUUGUUGUUGUUGACAAAGAGAGUUCCAAACUUGCCGACGAGGACUACAUGGCUGACGCUAACCAAAUUGUUGCAGUGCAAACACUGUUCAAGUUGUUUCCCCAUGUGAGCAUCAUCACCGAGCUGACCCAUCCCUCUAACAUGCGCUUCAUGCAGUUCAGGGCCAAAGACGUCUACGCGCUCAAAAUGGCUGACAAACAAAAGAAAGAGAAGGCCAAAGGGUCCAACAUUGCCUAUAUGUUUAGAUUACCCUUCUCAGCUGGCAACGUCUUCAGUGCAAGUAUGCUGGAUACUCUUCUCUACCAGUCUUACGUUAAGAGCUACAUGAUCUCCUUCACACGGCUGCUCUUGGGCCUGGACCAGGCGCCGGGCUCUGGCUACCUUUGUGAACUGAGGAUCACGGCCGAGGACAUGUGGAUCAGGACCUACGGCCGCCUCUACCAGAAGCUUUGCUCCACCACCCAUGAGAUCCCCAUAGGGGUGUACCGAACCCACAGCCAGUCCGACAACAAAUCUGAGCUGUCGGUGACCAUCGAGGAUGACGACAACUCCUCCUUGGGCGUGUCGGAAGAGAGGAAGGAGAUUGCCAGCAUCAUCAGGAUGAAGAUGCAGAAGAUUGACCUCCCUGCUGAAGAAUAUGAUAGCGAAGUAAGUGACAAGCGGAACAAGUUGUCGUAUGUGCUGAUCAACCCGAGCUUUGAUUUGAAGCUGGAAAUGGACGACGUCAUCUUCAUCAUCAAGCCUGCCGGAGGCCCCAAGACGCCAUCCCCGAUGCCCCCGCGCCGAAAAUUCAGCAGCCGGCGGAAGCCCAAGAAGGCAGAGCCGCGAGCCGAGCCGCAAGGCAGCAAUGUGGACACCAAGCUAUAGCGCCCGGGAGGGGCGGGGUGAGUGUAACACAGGGGGAGGGUGCAAACAAUGCACGCUAACUGCCGCAGCAACAGAGAAUGAGAUGGGGGAAAGGAGAUUGCUCAGAGUUCUGAAAACAUUGGUGUUCCCUCUGGCGAAAUUGGAUUUUGCUGUCAGAAGUGGGUGUAAUCUUGACCAGGAUGACAGUUUGGAACCUUUGUACUUAAAGGGGUCACCCAGUUUAGGAGAAUUUGCUGCUCCUCGUUAUCAGACUGAAGAAUCGCAAGGUGACCCAGUAGCUUCAGGAGUGAGCUUUGCGACAGGAAAAGGGCCAAGUUCCACAGCCAAUAUGUGAUCAGCUUCAUUGAAAGAAAUUACUUUUCAUACCAGGAAAGGAAACAAAGUCUCCCUUCGGAGCAGAUUGGCGAAGAUGAUUCCUUCAAAGACAUAUUUGGGGGAUUGCAUCGGAUUACUGGAUAAAAUGGAUGUCCGCCCCUCACAACACAGAGGGGAGCUAUCGAAUCUUUUAAACGAGCCCUCUGUUGGCCUUUUAUGAACAUUUGCCCCCAAAAAUCCUAUCUUGGUAUCAGUUGAGGUAGAAGAGCUUUGGCGGUAGCUGUUUAAGCAUGGGCUGAAAAGAAGACUAAGAAUUUUCAGUAUUAGGUCACAUUGAAAAUGUACAUUGCGUGGUUUUUAUUUAUUUAUUGUGGGGCUGGCCCCGGAGGAAAUCGUAGAUCUUGCUUGUAAACUAGUCAGAGCAUUUAAAAUUAUAAAAGAAAACCAUCUUGUGAAAAAAGUGUAGUCACUAUAUAGUGUCUGAAAUUUCUUUCGUGGAAAGUGCCACCUGGACCUACGCAAACCCCAAUCUUGUCCAGUCCCGUGCAAUUUUCAUAAAAUCAAAUCAUUGAACGCACAUUAACACAAACUAAGUCACGGUCAUUAAGCAGUGUGACUCCAUAUUGUUUCUGUAGGAACACUUUGGUUUUUUUAAUUUAAAAUAAAUAUUGCAUUUUUUCCUUAUCUGUAAAUAUUUCAUGACCAGCAAAUGGUAAAGAAAAGAUGUUAACAAAGUUUAAAUUCAUUUUUGAAGUGCUCCAAGUGGUAUUAAUUUGUAUUUUAGAGGUUUUAUUACUUUCAAAACCAGGAUAGCAGCUGCUUUUCAGUAAUCACAAAGUUUUUCAUUUUAUAAACCCUUUCAUUGUACAUUAUCCUGAGUUUUGGACCCUUGCAGUUUUGUUGUCAGGACAGAAGGAAAGUUACAAGUUUCAAAUCAGACAUUGCACAAUGACGAGUCGUCACCUUGUCUUCUUGGAAGGUCGUUGUCAAAAUUGUUGGGAGUUAUUUAGAAAAAAGAGCUUUGUGCUGGAUUCAGUUAGCUCAACGUGCACCGUGUGGAGAGGAAAAAUUCAGUGUUUCACUGUGGUUGUAUGACCUUUGACCUUGCCAUGAGCCCAUUCAUGUAGAUUUACAUGUACUUCAUUCUGUGUUCAAUUGUAUUUGUUACACUGCGUUGUUUGUCACCCAAUUUUGAAAUUACAAAUUUAUUGGGUUUUUUGAGAGUGCAAUGUCAGAUUUUAAUUUGGCUUGUUUGUGCAGUAUGUGAUAUUGCUCAUUAUUCCGCUUUCCAUUUUUUUCUUUCAGUGGUGUUUCAAUGCAGUUAUACUUCAUUUCCAAAGUGAAAAUAUGCCACUUUCUGGCCCUCCAAGUUAAGGGGGGCCUGGACUUUAAUAUGCGUCAUUGCAAGGAAUUGCCAGUUUACAAAUGGAAAAUAUGCAUUUUCGUAAGUUUUGCCCAACACAUGCAGUUUUCCAUCUGUCGAAUCGUUAGAUGUGAUAAGGAUAGCUUCAGUCUUGGCUAAGGCAUGUGUGACACAAGUGUACAAGUCUCAGAUUUACUAGAAGUACUGUAUGUGUUUCCCAUGUAGAUGUUCUCUUGUACCGGUAGCUAAAUGUAUAUCUCUGGGAAAGUUCUCGGUGCAUUAUUGCAAACACAACAGGGCUUCAACCUCUCUUUCUGAAUGAGCUGUAAUACCUUUUGAAAUGUUCUUGCCUUGAAGAAAGCUCAAUCAUUUAACUUCUUGCUUAUUCAGCCUUGAAUUACUAGAUACAACUCAUCAACCAGACACAAGUAAGAUGUUUUACUUGGUUUGUACCCCAUCUUUGUGUAGGCGAUACCCCUGUGCAGUCUGCCAACUUGCUAUCCCAACCCUAUUUGUAUAAAUUUUUACUUGUAUAUAUAGAAAUCAUCCAUGGAAUACCAGUGGUGUACAAAUGCAAGUGAACCGGAUCUUGAACUUGGUACUUGAAAAUGGAGUACAAAAUAUCUGUAUGGAUCAUACUUGGAAUAGAGCCUUGUGUAUUAAACUAUUGUCAUCGGGCAGAACGGAGUCUUUGGAGAAAGGGGAUUGAUCUUUUCUGUCAAAAGCACCCACUGUUUCCCUUUGAUUCUGGUUUGCCACCCUAGAAAUCUCUGAGUUCGUAGAGUUGAGGUUUCUUAACACAGAAGUAGUCACACUGUUUGGAUAUGGUAACACAGAAGACCCGGGUUGUCCUGGAAAGUCACAUUUUUUCACCACACAGUUGUGGCUGUUGUAGAAUAUCCUGGUAUAUCUCUCCCAGUCCCUUCCAACUCGGUGGAAAUUUUUCCCUUUCCUUCAAAAAUCUAAUAUGGUCAGGUGAUGAUUGGUGCAUUUGUAACAUGUAAAAUAUUCAACGUAACUAUUCAGAAGUAAACCAUUAUGAUCAAAAUCAGGAAGUAUAUAACAAGUGCUUUACAUCAUUGGGUCAACUUUCUUUUUAUUAAAAAAGAAUAGACCUGACGACUGUCUUUCAGUCUCUAUUUUAGAAUUUAUUUUAUAAAAGCAUAAGCAUAUUGCAUAAUAAAAUUAGACAUAUGUAAAUGAAAUAUUUAUGGAAAGUUCCCCAACUUUUCAAACUAAUCUACAUGUAUAUCAUGGUUCAGUUUCUUUCAUAUUUUGGGAGGCAAUUAGUUGAUUUUGCUUUUUAAAUCUGUCAAAAGUGUAGCGAGAUACCUGUUCGUGAGCCAUGAAUCACCCCUUAACAUUUUGUUUUUGGUUGUCGUUAAUUCACAUGGAGGUGGCAGACCUUUUGUUGAACUAAAUCUUGCCCUCAUGUUUAAAUCAGACAUAUGCAUGGAUCCAGAUGUCGCUUUGUUAUGAAGUCAUAAUUUAAAGGAAUGAACAUAUGAUUUGUGAUGAUGACUUUAGAUAUUUUGUUUAGAUAUUUUGUUUAGUGCAAUGUAAAGGUAUUAUUAUUUUGACUUUUUAUAAAGCUUGUACUGUAAAACGUCUGAAUGGCUGGACACAUGGAGUGAAAUUUUGCUCUGGGGCCAAAAAAACCUUUUGCAAACUUUAACAAAGAAACUACAUGUACCUAUUAUUGUACAUAAUUACUUCAGAGUCUUGUAUCCUGAAUUGGACAUUUCUGUGAAGUGAAUGCUGCCCUCGUGCAGGGGCAUGGCGAUUUUUCUGGGCAUGGUUUGUGACAGGUGCUAUUUGUCAAAAAUGGGCGGGGUGUGGGAAAGAUCGUGUACCAUUCUGUGACACCUGAUACUAAUCGUAUUUAUUCAUGUCGCAUCUCAUGGGUUUGAAGGUUGUCCAUGAUAUUUUCUGCAGCGUUGGCCGACAGCUGAAUGUGGCUUGCUUGUGGCCCUUUGUAUAUAGCAAAUGUAACGCUAAAUGGACUUGAGUGCACUUUAUUAAUCAAUGAAUCAACGAUUGUGAGAACUUUAACAAAAAAGGGUUAUUUAAAUGAAAAGGCAGACACUGUGGAAAAUUUGACUCAUCUUUUGCAGUUAUUGUUCGAACAGGCUAUUUUUAAGGUACAUGAACCAUGAUGUAACCUGUUUUCAUUGAAUCAAUGUUGGCAGCAUAUCUGGCCUAGUUGUUAUUUUGGUCUGCCACGGUAAAAGAAAUUUGGUGAUGCAUUUGAGAUGCAUCUUGAAACAAGUUUUGAUGACUGUAACAUUUUCAGGAAAGAACCAGCAGUUGAUCUGAAUGUGAGGCUUAUUGGUAUGCUGGUGACUGUCUUAUUUAACCACUGCACAAGCCCCUGUGCCUGUGCAGACAGUAUUGGGAGAUUGAUUGGCACAUUCUUCAGUCACUGCACAUAGUGAUCAUGUGUUCAUGAAUAAUGAAUAUAAAUUUGGCAUGUUGUCAAGCUUGGUAAAGACAA